AUGAACAUGCCUCCACCUCACGGCCCGGGCGGUCACCCCGGCCAUCCUGGCUUGGGAGCAUCCUCCCCAUCUCCAGGCAUGAUGAACCGACCACACCCUCACGCCCAGCAACUCAUCCCACAACAUCCUCAACAACAAUACAUGGACUCUCCCAAUCCUGCCUCCCAUCGUGGUCGUAAGCGCAAACUCACAGCGCAAACUCAUCACCACCCACACCCAUCUCAGCAACAGCACCUCGCUCGUCGACCCUCCAUGCACGGCGCACCUCCUCCUCACCAUGGCGGACACCCGCAACAUUCUGGUCAACACGGCUUCCCUGGUAGAUCACAAGCUCCACCCUUCCUUGGCCUCAACCUGCCACCCACCAUUGCAGACGAGAUGCCAGAAUCCAUCUUUGACGAUCUCGACCGGCUCACUCCACGCGACAUCGCUGUUGCUCGAUACGCGCGCAAUCACGAGUUGCUCAGUAUAGUGUUCGAUGCGAGAAGGAUUGAUACUUUGACACCUGCUCCGUCGCCGUACGCUGACGUGAAGCAGGACGAUCUGAAGAACAAAGUGGCCUCGAUCCAGGAGGAGGUGAUUAAGAUGGCGAAGGAGCACGAAGAAAGGUUGCGGGAGCUGAAGGAGUCUUCGAGUGCGAAGAAGAAUAAGAAGCAGAGGACGGAGGCGGAGGAAGGUGUAGGAGAGACGCCGGCUUGGGCAGAGAGCGCUUCACGGGGUAAGAUUUUGGGCGUCGGGUUUGUGAGGGCGGAGACUCCGGAGGAGCUGAGACCGCCAAAGCCUGCUGCUGAGCCGGCGACGGAGGCUAGUAUGGAGGUGGAUGGGAAUGGAGCAGCGGAAAAGAAGGAUGAAGCUGUGAAGGAAAAGGCUGCGGAAGCGGAGGAGGUGAGGAAACAUGCUGAAAAGGAGGCUAUCGAGAAGCUCAACAUCGAACUCGGUGUCACACCUGCUCAGGCACCUGAGGCACCACCAGCAGCAGAACCUGCGGCUGCGACUACCUUCGCACCUGCUGCUCCUGCCACAAUCGAGCCAGCAGCGCCCGCUGACAUCGCCGCCACUGCUGCUACUACCACCGCGGAAGCUGCCGCUCCUACAUCAGCCGACAUCGAACCGCCCCCCGCGCCCGUUCCCGAGGUGCCAGCAGAAGCCACUGCCACGACCGCCGCUGCUGAGACAACACCCACCGCAGAACCAAGCACAGAAGAUGCAGUCGCAGCAGCUGUCGCCGUGACUGCUCCUGAAGCUGUUGCCAAUGCUGAAGGUGCUGCUGCCGUCCCCGCUGCUGCUGAGGGCGAGAGCAACGUCGAUGUGGCUGCGUCGAAGACCGAGAAUACGGCAGACGUGACUAUGACUGAAGCUGAGCCACUCGCUGCGUCGGCGCCGGUUGCGGAGGAGACAGCUGCUAUACCAGAGGCAGAAGUUGUGCCCGCGGCGGCGAGUGGAGCUCCAGCAGUAGCGGAAGAGGCGACUGUGGCGGAGGGUGCGUCUGAAGCUCCGGCUCCUGCUGCUGCUUCUGGGGAAAAGCAGGCUCCUGCUCCGGAAGCACAGGCUAAGGUCAAGGCCGAGGCCAACGCCACGAUUUGA